AUGGUCAAGUCUGGAGCCUGUGGUCGUUACCUGCCGGCGACAGAUGUUAUUAUAUGUGGCAAAUGUGAUGUAUCCUAUCAUCGAGCCUGUCUGAACCUGUCUGAGAAGACGAAGAUAUCCGCUUCAUGGAUGUGCCCUGCUUGUAAAAAUAAGGUUCCUCACACUGGAGACCAUUCCAACACACCGGUUAAGUGCCAAGAAGUUGGUGACAGUAGUCCUACCCAUAAAGAUAUCGAUAUAGGUUUAGAAAUUCGUCUUUUUCGAAAUGAGCUUAGCGCUAUGAGGAAUGAGUUGAAGGAAAUGAGAGACAAUAUAACUAUGCUAAAGGAUACAGUUCUUGCAUGCAAUAAAAACCUGGAGAAAAUGGAUUGCAGAGUCACCAAGUUGGAAAAACUAUAUGAAGAACGUCUGAUUAAGUGUGACACUAAAACACUAGAGAGUAAGUGA